AUGAGUUUUGCACGGCUUCUUGUUGAUAUUGAGCCAGAUUUUGUUUCUUCUUUUCGAGGAGUCGACCAUGAGAGUACCUUUCCCACUUUGGAAGUCGUGAAACGGAAAUGGUACUCCUUCUUGUUUGGAGUGAUCACUUACUUGAUAUUUGAGAAGAAGUUGGUUGAUAUGGUGCUUCAGUAUUGGCCCAUCUGGAGAGAUUUUGGUAUAUUUUCGUGGUUUUUUACCAAGAAGAAGGUCCCGUUAGCCCCAAGCAGCAUUGCCAUGGUUGCUUCUUUAACGCCAAAUGAAGGCGGCCAGCCUGUCGAACCGAUAGCUUAUUUGGAUGCCAACAGAAUAAUGCAGUUUCCCGAUCCAGAAGAAAAGAAACGCUACGAGAACGCCAUGGCUGAGUUUGAUAAGCAGACAGCGCUCCAUAUGGCUCAGGAAAAGGCCCGUUUGGCGGCAGAACUUACCUACCUUGUGCAGUGGUCCUGGGAACUUGGCACGGUUGGCACGGUUUGCUUCUUUAUCCCGGAUCCAGCCAAAACGGUCGAUUAUGAAGCCAUUAAGGAGGCGUUGAGCGAAGGAAGGAGGGGCAUUGUUACUGUCGUGACAGGUGCACAGAAUAUUCAGGAACUUGACGUGGGGAGUGAGGACAGAGAAGCAGAUGCUGUUGAUGGCGUUAAAAACAUGAAAGUUUACAUUGCAAACCAGCUGGCGUUUCCUUUAAGCGAGACUUUUGAUCUUAUCAUAUCCACCUCCACGACGUCCCCUAUGGUCAGCCUUCAAGCUCCGCCGCUAGGUAAAAGUACAUUCCCAGGAGGACCCUUGAGCCGAGGAUUCAAAACGCUACACAACAGAACCUUUGAAGAAGCCAAAAAGGACGACAAACCGAAGGCUGCCGAGAACACCUCACCUGGUGAAGAUGGCAAGCCUUCUGAUAAGGAUACGAAGGUUGCCAGUCCAGACUCCGCCUCGCUCUUCAACUUCUCAAACCCAGUCGUUGUACCACCAGUUAAUCCCGAGCAACAGACCCCUGAAGUGGAUGAAGAAAGCGCUGAUGACUUCCUUACUACUAUUUUCGAAAACAUGGAGCCAUAUAUUGAUACCUUUGACGUCUACAAGCAACUCACGCGAGCAGGUUUCACUCCGGAGCAAAGCGAUGAAGUCAUCAACCUACUCAUCGUUCAGCUUAAUUCCAAACUACUGAAGCUUUCUACCAAAUAUUCACAGGAGUACGAGCUCGAGAAUGAGCGGUACCUAUUCGAGAGUGCCCAGCAAGAGCUCAAUGUGGAUAUCACCCGUAAUCGUGAGAACCAUAUUAACGAGCUGAUUAACCAAAUCAACGUGUUAGAGCGUGACUUUGGUACUAUUCGAGAUGAACUUAAUAACCACUUCAUUCAGAUGAAGAACGAUAUCCAGGUUGCUAUCAACGACCAGAAAUCCGAAAAUACUCUUAUGAGCAAGAAUAUCAUGCUACGCAUCAAAGAAACGAACCACAAAAUCACUACAGACUUCACAAUGGCCAUGAGGUCGGAGAUUGAAGGGUUACGUUGGCAUUUGUCUCGGUGGGGUUUAAUUGCCAUCUUGGUGUCUGUCUUUUCGACUUGCGCUUCUUUCUACAUAUACAGAAUCCGGAGUUUUAGAAAGGAUGCGGAAAAGAAUGAGUUCGUUCCUUUGGUCAUCUACGAACCUAGCGAAUACGACGAAGACGACUUCCACGCUGAUUUGGACCCAAACAACUCAGAAGGAAACGAGUGCAAGCCUCAAGCAUGCGCAAUCCAGGAUUGUUUGCAGAGCAACGGGUAUAACGAGUCCAAGUGUACGAAAGUCAUUGACGAAUUGUACAAGUGCUGCAAAGAGUUCUACGAGAAGAACGGACCGGAAGCUCAAAGCGUGUGCUGCCCCAAGUUCAACUUGUUACAAACAAAGCUCAAGCAGAGGCUGUUGGGCAAGAUAGAUGCCGAAUUGAUCAAAUAG